CACUGUGUCAACCAUGUUGUGUGGAGCAGCCGGCUGGACUCUGGUUCUGUUCUGGACUUGUUUUGAGAUGUUGGGAACUUCAGGACAACCAGUGGACAACAGAGAGGACAAUUCGACAAUCAGCCUUGAAAGUGGAGGAUCGGUGAAGGAGGAGAGGAAGGAAACUUCAGCGAAGAAUAACUCCAUGAAGGUGAGAGGGACACAAACCGGACUAAGACUCGAGGACUCUUAUAACAAAAGUUAGUUUGGAGGUUCAGGUAAGGGUUACAUUAGACACUACGACGUCAACAUGGUGAGUACUGAGCAGCACCUUUACAAACAAAAGAGGUCUCAGAAUUGUGGCCCUAAAUCUGCAGGCUGUGGGUCUGCAGACAAACACACAAUCAUUCUCAUCACUUCUAACAAACCUUCACUGAAGUCUCUGUAUUUUUACUUAAACAGGAUAUUAUCGUACUUUUGUUUCAGCCUCUCGUCCGUCGGUCCCAGUCGCUGUCGGCUGCAGAGAAAGAGUUCACCCUGAACAGGAAGAAAGUUUCCCUGAAGUCGCUCAACAAUCUGGGAGUCAAGUGUUCGCUGGUGAGCUGACCAAACUCUCAGAACCGUUUUCUUUAUUUCUCCAACACACUUUUAUUUCCAUCGUUACAAACAUGACAGAUUAAAGAGAUGAUCAUAAACGAUGGUGGAAAAUCUUCUUCACUCUCAUUGUUUCCCAUCUGCAGAAUACGCUCCCUCACAUCGCAGUCCUGGGCUCAGGUGGAGGUCAGAGGGCAGCUGUGGGUCUGCUGGGUUCCCUCCAUCAGAUGGAGAAAGACGGUCUGUUGGACUCUGUGCUCUAUCUGGGAGGAGUUUCUGGAUCUGCCUGGUAACACCAAGAACCGAUAUGCCAAGACAGAGAUGACACUGUUGGAGGUUUAGUCGUGUCAUGAAGGUCUCUGUUUCCAGGUCCAUGUCUUUGCUGUACAGCGACCCUGAGUGGAGUAAAAACCUGGACAGAGCCGUGUCUAAGCUGAGCGGUCCUGGGAUCAGUCCGGAGAAAGCUCUGUCCUGGUUGGACGGCGUAGCGAAGGACGAGCACUUCUCUCUCUCUGAUAUCUGGGGGCUCAUGACCUCGGCUGGGAUCAUGAACCAGGUGAGAAGGUCGAAGCUGUCCGUCCAGAAAACAAAACACACUUCUUCAUAACUCAUAAAGUUUGGUCUUCUUUGCAGCUGGACCUUCGGCGUCUCUCUGAGGACAGCAUGAGCGGCUUUAAUCCGUACCCUGUCUACAACGCCGUGAACAAAAACUGCCUCAAACAAGGGCCUGAAAAAGGUACGAGACUGAACCCUCUGAGGUCUCCUUCAGUUCUUCAGAUUAAUGCAGCUCGACCGUCUCUGUCUCAGGUAAAUGGUUCGAGAUGACCCCUCAUGAGUCCGGCUUCACUGAUCUGGGUCUUUUUGUCAACACGUCCCAUCUUAGCAGCAUUCAUCACGGGUCAGAGAUGGACAUGGUCAGGCUGCAGGGUGAGUCCGACUGCAAGAGUCUGAAUCUUAUUCUUAAAAACGUGUUUGUUUGCAUGAGUCAGUUUGUUUUUCCUCAAAUGCAUCGCAAAGUAAUUCUCAGAAAACAUCUCCAAAGAUUCCAGGUUUCACCUUCAUGCGCCUGCAAAGAAUUGAAGUUCCUGCAACCCCUGGAGCCUCCAACUCAUAAACAAAACCUGCUGUUUUUUCUAGUUCAGCAAUAAGACGUCAAGUACUGAGAUUUGAUAACGAAGAUGUUAAAGUACAAGAAGGUGAACCAACCAGACUUCCUGGUUCCCCGUGUUUUUCAGCAAUGCUAAGCAAACACACGACUGACAAAACUUUCUUCUGCAGGAAAAAGGAGAACGGGGCUGUCAAAAUCACCAAUCAUCAUUUAAAUAAUGUGUGUUUGUGUGUUUGUGUUCUUGUCCUGCAGGAAUAGUGGGCAGUAACGUCGCAGAUGAGCAGAAGAUGGUCGACUAUUUGCCCGACUGGCUGAAAGGUGAGUUCUUAAAUCAGUUUUAAAGUUUCAUGUUUAAACGUGCAGAAGAAGAAAUAACACGCUGUGAACCUGCAGAUGUGUCCGGAGCUGCAGCGACUGAUGAAAACAACUUACUGGACGUGGUUUUUCUCUGGACUGAAGGUAUCACAUCAUCCGUAAAAUCCUCUCUGAUCUGUGAAGGUGGAGGUCAUCGUGUUUUUGUGUUUCAGCGCCGCAGCAGGUGAAGAGUUCCUGGCAGGUGUUGGACCAUUACAUGAGAGGAUACCACAGUCUGUUGAAGAUCACAGAGCUGAUCCGGAAGAACACGGACGAUCCGGCCGUGAAAUCUGAUCUGGACGAGCUGCAGAAAAUCAUGAGAGGUGACCGGGAGAUAAAAUCAGUCUGACACAUUAAAUAUAAUAGAGAGUAAUACGAAUCCUCUUAUUGUUCUCCAGAAAACAUGAACUUAAACCCGACUGCGUGGUUUGGAAAGAAGAGUCCAGAACAGCGAAAACUGAUCCUGGAGCAGUGGGGUCAGAAGAUGUUGGAGCCUUUAAAGAAUUGGACCCAAAGUCUGAAAGAGGGACCGGUCAAAGAUACCGGUCAGUGUGCCAACCAGACCUCCUAGUUUAGACUCUAAGAAGGAUCAUCUGAGUUUUCUUUCUCUUCCAGUCUCCUUACUUGUCAAUAAAAUCUUCCCGCUCAUCGGGAAAUGGGAGUGGGGAACGACUGAAAACUUCCUCCACAAAUACCCAGGUAACUCCGCCUCCUCACCUGCACAGGUGUGAUGACUGCAGCCAGAACAUUUGUAUUAAACCGCACAGAAGCUGUAAAGUGUUUUGCGUUGCUGGACAGACGCUGCCGUGCCGCCCUGCGUCAGACAGAAGGAGCACCUGCAGCUGAUAGAUGCAGGCGUGAUGAUCAACGUACCGUUUCCUCCUUUCCUGGGAGAAAAGAGGGACGUGGAUCUGCUCAUCGCUCUGGACUACGGGGCUGAUAAGACCUUCACGGUGAGGCUGAAUGCAUAUUCGAGAAAAAAACACCUGUGCAUGAUUUCUGUCUGGAUUUGUGGUUCAACAUGAAAAAAAAAAAAAUUCUCAAAUGUGGACAAAGAAAAGAAAAACGGCUUCCUGCUAAAGAAGGAACAGAAUAGAAGUUUUCUGCAUGGAGAAAUCUGCAAAAACGUCCCAGUUUUUAUGUUUUUUCAGUGACAAAGCUUCUUACCUGCGCUUCAUGCAUAGAGUAGAUUAAUAAUAUAAACAUGGAAAUCUUUUUCUUGGACAAAAUGAGCUCUUAUUUGUGAGUUGCAUCCUCCCCAGACUUCACACUUUGAUCAAAUCCGUCUCAUUUCUCUUCACAGACUCUGACUCAGGCCCGAGAUUAUGCUGCUGAGCUGAAGAAACCUUUUCCUGAGAUAGACGAGGAAGUCCUGGAGGAGAGAGACUGGCCGAAGGACCUUUACGUAUUUGAGGGGACAGAGAAGGCGCCAACCAUCGUUUACAUGCCGCUCUUCAACAGAAACAACUGCAGAGGUCUGCUGCAAACACGUUAGUGAGAGGUGAAGUGAAAAUGUGAAAUAUCUAUGAGAUCAUCUUUGGUUUCUGUUCUGGUCCAGAUGCAGAGGAGGUGGAGGCAAAGAUGGAAGAGUUCGCCACCUUCCAGCUUCCGUUCGGUGGGAAAAAAAUGCAGUUUUUGUUGGAGACGGUGAAAGAAAACAUGAGGAAGAACAGAGAGGUUCUUCUGAGAGAGAUCAACAAGGCAGCUGAGCGCAAACGGGAGAGGAGGAGGUAAGGAAGAGUCGGUGUGAGGAACAGACGUCAUAAAUAAACACUUGAACAGAUGUUUUUUCUUUAAUAUAAUCUUUUAUUUGUGUCUCACAGGUCCUCAAACGUCAAAACUCUGAACUUCAAACAGUUUACGUCCCGCAGACCCUGAGGAAAUAUUAGAGAGUGUUUUUACUUUUCAUGUUUUUCUCAGAUCUUUGGGAGAAUGUCUGUUUUUGUUUGAAUAGUUUAUGUUUCAUGUCUUCAUCCUGU